AUGACCAGGUCCGGUUUCUUGUCGUCUCCUGCGCUCACGGCAACUCAGGGAUCGUUGGACAUGGCCGCUUGCUUACGCUUUACCCGAAGGGUAUGGAAGUCCUUCAUAGACAACAAGGGCCAUGACGCCCAAUGCUUUCCCAACCUCAACAUUGUGAGCGCGAAGCCGGGCGAGGUCAUCACUUCGCUCAAAAUCGAGCAAUAUAACCUCAACCGUGUCGGGGUGAUCCACGGUGGCCUGAUCAUGUCACUGACUGACACCCUUGGAUCCCUGGCUGUGGCGACCAAGGGCCAUUGGAUGACUGGUGUCUCGACCGACAUCGGUACCUCGUUUGUGCGACCUGGCGGGAAAAUUGGCGACCACCUACAUGCGAAGGCCGUCUUGACAGGCCUGGGUAAACAUCUAGCCUACACGCGCGUCGACUUCACGAACGCUAAGGGCGAACUCGUUGCAUACGGCCAUCAUACAAAGUAUGUUGGAAAGUCUGGACAUCAUGAUAAGAACGUAACUUUCACGGAGGACGGGGAAACCGUCGUACACGGAGAAGACCUAGACGUUGACUAGUAGAUGUACAGUGGUAUGGACUGAUUAGACAUCCUCUGCUUUCCUCCAUGUUCUUGACGAACGCGCAUUCGAUGCAACAUUGAGGCCAACAGCCAGGCCGAAUCACGCGCGAUAGCACGUGUGUCCCUUGGGCUUCAGCAAUCGUUCUAAUCUUAUCCCAACGAUCCUG